GGAGACCGCAUGUUGGAAACGGAUCCCGGCCUCCCGAAUUCGGUCUUCCGCCUUGACCGCUCGCUCGCCCAAGGCAACCGCAUGUAUCCCUACAGCGCAUUUGCAUACAGCAGGCGCGUAUCGACGCCCAUUAUCACCCAGAUACCUAUCUACUGGUGUAUUUCGGCAGGUGUACAGACGGCCAGCGCUCUGCAGCAGUUGGCAGGUAGUAGCAGGUGCAGAAGCAGUGAGGCCUAAACGCAAUGGAAGCAAGGCGGCUGAUUGUUUACUAGCAAUCAUGACCUAAUCAACCACUUGCGAGGCCUGCCUAUCAUGGUCUCCGUUGAUGGCCAAUAUGCUGCAGUCCUGGCCAUGCUACUCUACUUUUGUCAUCUCCCAUCCUGCAAGCUGUCAGUCUUGGGACACACGUUACGGCGCGGUUUGGGCACGGCAAAAGAACGGAACUUUGCGUACAUCCAAAAAGGGCCACUGGUUGUCUUUGAGCGAAUCCUGCAGUCUUCCCGCCCUCUCCUCUCGGACUGGAUGCCACACACUAUACCUACAGCAUACAACCCAGCGAGCCCUCUCAAAUAGUUUCCAAUUUGAGAGGUGGGUGAAUAGCUCUGGAGGCAGUCUAGACCGACUGUAACUGGAGCAAACGAGCCAAGAUGGUGUUGAGGACAAGGUAGCUCUGCCUCGGCUAGCUUGCUAGCCACACUUAGGUAGUGUACCACUGUUAGAUUUUACGGCACGCUUCUGCGGUCCUGUGCGUUCAGUGCCAGCCAG